AUGCGCCUUAACCCAGCUAAAUGCAUGUUUGGAGUCACAGCCGGAAAAAUGCUCAGAUUCAUGAUUACCACCCGAGGUAUCGAGGUUGACCCGUCAAAAAUCAAGGCGAUUCUGGAGAUGGAACCGCCACGCUCCGAAAAGGAUGUGAGGAGUUUUCUCGGCAAGGUACAAUUUAUCAGUCGGUUCAUUGCCAAACUAACUUCAACUUGUGAACCAAUCUUUCACCUGCUCAAGAAAGGUGUGCCAUUCAAAUGGGACGAUAAGUGCCAGAAGGCUUUCGAAGCAAUCCGAGCUUAUUUACGAAGUCUGCCAGUGUUGACACCCCCCGUGUCGGGAAAUCCUUUGAUCCUAUACCUGUCAGGCACUCCAUCCUCUAUGGGUUGUAUGUUGGCGAAGGAAGGAGACAAUGGAGUUGAAAGGGUUGUCUACUAUCUGAGUAAAAAGAUGGUGGGAUGUGAAGAGCGUUAUACUCCGUUGGAAAAAACGUGCUGGGCACUCGUCUGGGCUUCUAAAAAGUUAAGACAUUACAUGCUAGCCUACCCAGUGAGGUAUGUUACUAGGAAAUUCAUAAAAGGAAGAGCUGUUGCUGAAUUCCUGGCUGACUGCCCAGUUGAAGGAGGCGAAGAUGUCGAGUUUCAGUUUCCCGAUGAAGACAUAAUGACUCUAACUGAGGAUGUUUGGAAGUUAUACUUUGAUGGCGCUGUGAAUCAGAAAAGGUUUGGAAUUGGCAUGUUGCUAGUAGCACUCGACAGGUCUCAUAUUUUGCUCACCUUCAAGCUAAAUUUUGAGGUCACCAACAAUGAAGCGGAAUAUGAGGCUUGCAUUGUGGGUAUGGAAACGGCAAUUGAGAUCGGUAUAGAGAAAUUGGAAGUGGUGGAAGAUUCCAACUUGGUAGUAUCACAGGCCAAUGGAGACCGGAAAGUCAAGGAGAAAAAACUGAAGCCAUACCAUCAGAACCUCAAAGACCUCAUCCCCCAUUUCAACAAGGUGACUUUCACUCAUAUACCAAGGCUCGAAAAUCGAUUUGCAGAUGCCUUGGCAACUUUAGCGUUCAUGGUCGAAAUCUCUCUCGGUGUGAAGCUAAAGCCAAUUGUAAUCGAACAAAGGGAGACACCAGUAUACCAGCAUGUCAUGGCUGUGGAUGAGCCCGAUGAUGGUCACCCUUGGUAUUAUGACAUUUGGAGAUUUGGGGAAACAGGAGAAUACCCCAUUGAAGCAAGCAAGAAAGACAAAAUCGCCCUCCACAGGAUGGCAGCUCAAUACAUCAUCUGCAGAGGAAAUCUAUAUCGAAGGUCACCCUACGGCAUGCACAAGUUAUGCAUCCAUGGCACAGAAGCAAAAAGGGUAAUGGAGGAGAUUCAUGAAGGUGUGUACGGCCCUCACAUGAAUGGCAUAAUGCUUGCCAAGAAGAUCCUUAGGUAG